CAGUGUCUGAGUGUCAACCCGCAGCAACUCUCCAUUUUUGCUGAAAAUCUUCCUCACCCCCACUUCGCGUUCUCUGACGGGAACAACCAUGAUGAACACGAAGGACCUCGACUUCGAUGCCGACAGAGUCCUCGCAAAGGAUUUUUUGACCAACUUCGCUGAUGCAAAUGGCGAACCCAAGUAUCUCAACAUACUCCAAGAAGUCGCUAACCGUAAGAUUCGAGCUAUCCAAAUCGAUCUCGAGGAUCUCUUCAAUUAUAAGGACCUGGACGAGGAAUUUCUUAGACGGGUAACUGAAAAUACCCGUCGAUAUCUUGGUAUUUUUGCUGAUGCCAUCGAUGAUCUCAUGCCAGAGCCCACGGAGGCUUUCCCGGAUGAUGAUCAUGACAUUUUGAUGACCCAGCGAUCGGAGGAAGGAACGGAGAAUGCCGAUGGUUCAGAUCCGCGCCAGAGGAUGCCCCCAGAGAUUAAGCGUUUCUAUGAAGUCUAUAUAAAAGCUUCUUCUAAAGAGAGACCAUUUACUAUAAGAGAAGUUAAAGCCUCGUACAUUGGCCAGCUUGUCAGGAUCUCUGGCAUUGUUACACGAUGCUCAGACGUUAAGCCAUUGAUGCAGGUGGCUGUGUAUACAUGUGAAGAGUGUGGUUUCGAAAUUUACCAGGAAGUAACCGCUCGAGUCUUCAUGCCCCUGUUUGAGUGCCCAUCCAGCCGCUGUAAAAUAAACAACACAAAAGGAAACCUCAUCCUUCAGCUCAGAGCUUCGAAGUUUUUGAGGUUUCAAGAGGCAAAAAUCCAAGAACUAGCAGAACAUGUUCCGAAAGGUCACAUUCCAAGGACAAUGACUGUUCAUCUACGUGGGGAACUCACUCGGAAGGUAGCUCCAGGUGAUGUCGUUGAGAUGUCAGGGAUUUUUCUUCCUAUUCCUUACACAGGUUUCAGAGCAAUGCGGGCAGGGUUGGUUGCAGACACAUACUUGGAGGCCAUGUCAGUGACACAUUUCAAGAAAAAAUAUGAGGAGUAUGAACUUAGAGGAGAUGAGGAAGAGCAGAUUGCACGCCUAUCUGAAGAUGGUGAUAUUUACAAUAAGUUGGCACGGUCAUUAGCACCUGAGAUUUUUGGCCAUGAAGAUGUUAAGAAAGCUCUACUUCUUCUCCUUGUUGGAGCUCCUCAUCGGAAAUUGAAAGAUGGGAUGAAGAUUAGAGGAGACCUGCACAUUUGUUUGAUGGGAGAUCCUGGAGUUGCAAAAAGUCAGCUCCUUAAGCACAUAAUUAAUGUGGCACCAAGAGGAGUGUACACUACGGGAAGAGGAAGCAGUGGGGUUGGUCUGACGGCUGCAGUUCAGAAAGAUCCAGUAACUAAUGAGAUGGUUCUUGAAGGGGGAGCCUUGGUGCUUGCUGAUAUGGGUAUAUGUGCUAUAGAUGAGUUUGAUAAAAUGGAGGAAUCUGAUCGAACAGCGAUACAUGAGGUGAUGGAGCAGCAGACUGUCAGUAUUGCCAAGGCUGGAAUCACCACUUCCUUAAAUGCCAGAACUGCUGUUCUUGCUGCUGCAAAUCCUGCAUGGGGAAGAUAUGACCUACGCAGAACUCCCGCCGAAAAUAUCAAUCUGCCUCCAGCACUUCUAUCACGUUUUGAUCUUCUUUGGUUGAUACUAGAUAGGGCCGAUAUGGACAGUGACCUUGAAAUGGCUAGGCAUGUUGUCUAUGUUCAUCAGAACAAAGAAUCUCCUGCACUUGGGUUCACUCCACUUGAGCCAUCCGUUCUUCGUGCAUAUAUUUCAUCUGCAAGGAAAAUGACCCCCCAUGUUCCCAAAGAGCUGGAGGAGUAUAUAGCAAGUGCUUACUCCAGCAUCCGGCAGGAGGAAGCUAAAUCAAAUAGUCCCCAUUCAUACACUACUGUGCGGACCCUACUCAGUAUUCUCCGGAUAUCCGCUGCACUGGCAAGGCUCCGCUUUUCAGAAACUGUGGCUCAGAGUGAUGUGGACGAGGCACUGAGGUUAAUGCAGAUGUCAAAGUUCUCACUUUAUUCAGAAGAGCGUCAGAGAUCUGGUCUUGAUGCCAUCUCUGACAUCUAUUCCAUACUGCGAGAUGAAGCUGCAAGGACAAACAGGAUGGAUGUGAGCUAUGCUCAUGCACUAAACUGGAUCUCAAGAAAGGGAUACAGUGAAGCUCAAUUGAAGGAGUGCUUAGAGGAAUAUGCAGCCCUAAAUGUGUGGCAGAUCCAUCCGAACACUUUUGACAUCCGCUUCAUUGAUUCCUGAUGUUUUAUCCCUUGUAGAUUGUCCAACAUUAGCAAUCUUUCUGGAGAGGAUCAUUAAUCAGGGAGAAGCUUUAGUCAUCUCCAUUCUCCAAUGUGUUAGUGUUGUAAUACACCUUAUAUAAUUUUCUAGUUAAAAUUUCAUUUUUGUGAAAUUCUUUGGUAUUGUAACAUGUUAGUUCCUGUUAUGUGCAAUGGCGGCAUAUAUUUGGUGUGAUUGUCAUCCAUUACAUUUACAAACAGUAGCUGGUUUGAAGUUA